AUGAACGCCCAACAACAACUCAUCCAACACUUGGAGCAGCAAAUCGUGGAGCUCCAUCAGAAGCUUGAGAAGGAGAAAGAUGAUCAUGAGCAGACAAAAAGCCAAAUCUCCUUCGAACAAUCAUUGGUUAGAAGAUUGAGCAGUUUGGUCCCCAACUUGGAGGCCACCAUUUCCAAUCUCACCAAUGAAAACAACGAGUUGAAGCAGAAGCUCCAAAAAGAGGCGGUGUCACAAAAGAAACUAGAUGCGAAAGCCAUUAGAAGAAAUGAGAUGAUUUUGAGGUUAUUAAAUGAGAAGAAGGCAUCGGAGAAAAAGGGCCAGGAGCUCUCGAAGCUGCUUCAAGAGUUGGGAGCCGAGUUCCACCAAGUCAAGAAAGAAAUCGCGAUCGUGGAUGCCGAGCUCCAUCAAGCCAAGAAGGAAAUCGAGCUGCUCCAAAAGACAAUUGCCAGAAGAGACGCCAGAAUCCGAACGACUAAAGAAGUGGUGUCAGGUGUCAUUGCCAAACAGGAGGCGGACACUGAUUCUCAGACUCUGAGCAUGGUAAUGAAGCUCAGUGAGGCAGAACACACGGCAGUGGUGAAGGAUACAGAGGUGAAGAUUCUCAAGGACAUGAUGGCUACUAUCAUUUGGUGA